AUGUUUGAACUAGAAAUUUCGCAUCAGCCUGUUCAAAAAAAAGAAGAAAGAAAUGAUUCUAAAAGCGUUAAAAAAAUGCCACAAAAUAUUUCAAGCGAUCAAGAAAAUAUGGAAGGCAACAAGUAUAAUGCAGAUACCCAUGCACCAGAAACUUUACAAUAUUCCGCAUCUAUUGAUGACCAUAAGAUUGAUAAUACUGUUGUAUUUCCUGGUGGUAAAAUAGGUCUUCUUCGCAAAACAUUUGAAAGUAUUGCCGAAAUUGUUGAUCACGUUGAAAUAAAAGCACGUUCAGAAGGAUUAGAAAUGCAAGUUAUGGAUUCAAUACGUGUAGUUUUUAUUGACAUUUUUCUUAGCAAAAAUUUAUUUGAUAAAUAUAGAUGUGAUAGGAAUAUUACAUUUGCCAUUAAAGUAAAAGAUCUUAUUACUAUUCUAAAAGAUCUAAAUUUUCCACCCGAUUCAAGUUUACAUUUAUCUUGUGAUGAUAAUCCUGAAUCGUUAAUAAUUUGUUAUAAAUAUCCUCAGUAUGUUUUAAAUUGGGAAUUAAGCUUGUAUUCGUUUGAUAACGAAGUGUUUGAACUACCUGAGUUUGAAUUUCAAGCGGAAGUUACGAUGUAUGCUAAACAAUUUAUGGUUCUACCUAAGCUUAUUGGAAUAUUUGGGGAGUUUAUUACUAUCGAAGCAUCUAAGAAUACUAUUACAUUUAAACAAAAAGGAGAUACAACAUCUUCUGCUAUGAACUUACAUGAUAGUGAAGACAAUGAUAUAGAAAUUAAUGUUUUGACAAAUCAAAAAAAAGAAAUGGCGAUGAAAUAUAUUGGGAUUUGUGCUAAAGUAGCUGGUCUUUGUUCUAAGAUCAAGUUACAUAUGGGAGAUGAUACACCUAUUUUUUUCGAUUUUAAUUUAUAUGAUUUAGGUCACAUUAGGUACUAUAUUGCCCCAAAAACAGAAAGUGAAUAUUAA